AUGUCCACCAUAACUCUACACAUCUCCUUAUUUCUCUACCUCCUCUUCUCCACCACUACCACCACCGCCAAUGCCAUCGGCGACACCGCCAACUCGCCACCUUACAUUCCAAGCAACUACUUUCUCCUCAACUGUGGUUCAUCUUCUACAUCCGAGCAAAACCCUUCUGCCAAUCAAGUCCCCUACAUGGCUGCUCGUAUCUUUCACUCUCAAUUCACCUACACCUUCCCAGUCUCCGCCGGACCAAAAUUCAUUGGUCUCUAUUUCUACCCAGUUAAUUACUCUGACCUGGACAUAGCCAACUCUUUCUUCUCUGUCACCUCCGGUGGAUACACCCUCUUUAGCAACUUCAGUGCCUUUCUCAAUGUCUCUGCCAUGAAACCCGCAGUUGCUUCCCUAAGAAAGGAAUUCAUCGUCAACGUUAGGAACAACCAGAGACUGAACAUAACCUUUUUGCCGUCUCCGAAAUCUCACGCCUUCGUUAAUGGCAUUGAAGUCGUUUUAAUGCCGGAAAAUCUCUACAUUCGCGGCAGUGAUUAUCAAAUCCCACUAGUGAGCCAGAAGCAACAAUUUUUCAUUGAAAACAGCUCUGCUCUUGAGAUUCUCUACCAAUUAAAUGUUGGCGGUAAUGAGGUCUCAAUAACCGAUGAUACCGGAAUGUUUCGUUUAUGGCUUUCGGACGACGAUUACACCUACACAGCUCAUGGGUUUCCACCUCACAGGGAAGUACCAAUCCGAUAUACACAGGAGACACUACCUUACACUGCACCGAAGAUCGUUUACACAACCACAAGGACCAUGGGCAACGACAGUCAAAAGUACAAACUGACAUGGAGAUUUCCUGUUGAUUUUGGGUUUUAUUAUCUUCUCAGACUCUAA